GUCGUCGUACAUGUCCACUACUGCGAACACGGUUCAGAUCCACUUGGUCUCUACAGCUAUAGAUUCACGAAGGACUGGCUGAAAUAAGCUUUGCAUUCUGCUCGGUCUGCAGCCGUAUACGAGGAACUUCGGUGUCCAGCCGCGGCCCGAAGGCAACUAGAUAUUUCGUGAACGUACUACUGGAGUUUGUGCUAGUCUCUGACGGAUGUCCAUGGAAUUCCUCUCGCAAACGUACAUCGCCCUUCGUGGGCCUACUGGCGCCCCACAAUCUCCUGCGGAUACCAUCGCUCGGCUAUCCGACCGGCUAUCACCUUCCACCCUCCUUGCAGAUCGUCGUGCUGCUGUUCUCUCUCUUAAAGGUCUCUCUCGCGACCACAAAGCAGACGUAGGCGAGCGCGCGCUCCAGGGAUUGCUCGACGUACUCCAGAACGAUGCCGAGAUCGACGCUGAUAUUGGCAAAGCCGUGCUCGAGACCCUGAAUAUCUUGUGCGAGGUAGACGACAACGCAAGUGCACAGGCCCGUGAACUUGGCUUCAAGCACACUGAUCAGGUCCUUGCGGACGAGAAAGUCGCUCAUAAACUCUUCGCUCUGCUCGCAGACACAUCGUUCUAUCUCCGCCUUGCUGCUCUGCAAUUUUUGGCGACGCUCCUGCAGAACCGUCGGCAGGUUGUACAAGCCUACUUCUUGAAGGCGCCAGUGGGUCCUACCAGCUUCGUUGCCGUGUUGGAAGAGAAGAGAGAAAUCAUUCGACAUCAGGCGCUGUUCGCGGUGCAAUCACUUAUCUCUCAUAGCCCUGAGAUACAGAAGAUCCUCGCGUUUGAGGGCGCGUUCGAACGCCUAUUCGAUAUAAUUGCAACUGAAAACGGUGUGGAGGGUGGAAGCAUCGUACAUGAUGCGCUCUCCUGUAUCGAUGGUCUGUUGAGGUUCAACCAGUCGAAUCAGAGCUAUCUUCGUAAUACGCCUAUGCCUACACUUCUACUCUCCGUGCUUGGCUUCCCUCCCACACUCCCUUUGGACGUGCCACCCCCUCAAGGGUUCGCAUUGCAGCUAUGGGACGUUAGUCAAAAGCGGGCCAAUACCGCACUCGUCGUUGAUAUUAUGGGUAUAUUGACACAAAGCAGCCAGAGUAGUCAUACGCAGGACCCUCUGACAUUCGCGUUCAAUCGGUGCCUACUGGAGAUCGGACUUGCCUCAAACUUUCCAACAACCAUCAAGUCUCAGGCACUCCGCCUUCUACCGACGAACUUCUCCGGCUUUCCACUGGCGACUCUGUCCAUCACGCCCUACAUGCCCGUACCGGAGACAAAUGGCGAGGAGUGGGACCGCCUUGAACCUGCUUCUGCACUGGAUGCGGUAGUAGAACUCGUUCUGCAUGGGGAGUAUAAUGGUGUACUCGAGGGUGAACGCCGUUCGAAAGAGGGCAUGGAGCUGAGAUCGGCUGCUCUUGCGGUAUUCCAGAAUUUUGUGCAGACGGAAGAGAUUGCGGAGGCAAUCGUUCAAUCCAUGGUUUCUCCGCCAGAACACACGCCUGUCACGCCGUUGCUGUAUGCGCUCACUAUGCCACACAAUGCGCCAUUGAAUAUCACCGCUGUCACAUCAACCCACUUUGCUACCUUGCUCUUCGCUCAUCUGCUUCGAGCCUCAUCACAUUGCAAGACUCUCGCGCGCUCGAUCGUUCCUCAUGUCGCCGGGUCCACUGCGCAAAAUCAGGGUAGUUUCUUCGUACCUGCAGACGGCGGCCCUCCUCCUGCACCGCCCGAAGAGGAACCUGAGGCAGAGGAACCGCAGACACUCUUGCAGAUCCUCAGUGAGCAUCUGUCUCUGGCAUUCCUCGCACGGGGCAGAGCCGAUACUCCUAACCGGGAAGCAAGGGAGUGGGAUCGGUUGCUAGUAGGCUACUUGACGUUGCUGGCUCAGUGGUUGUGGGAGGAUCCAGCUGCGGUACGGGAGUUCUUGGAGGCUGGGGCACUGGGAGUGCUGGUCGACCCAAUCAACCAAACAGCAGAUACCGAUGCUGUCAUCCCAGGAUUGUGUGUAUUCUUGCUGGGCGUAUGCUAUGAAUUCAAUCGAGAACCGGGCGAGAUUACAAGAGCUACUAUAUACCCGAUCUUGACGCGGCUAGGGAUCGACAUGCUUGCUAACCGCAUCACGCACCUCCGGGACGACGACCGAUUCAAGGCGGUUGGUCCCGAUACUCUCGUAAUCCCUACUCCUCCCAAUACCGUAGUGCGGCCUCCGGGCGGGACGAAGACGGACGUCGAGGAAGGAGAAAUAUGGUUUGACUGGGCCUUCGUUGACUUCUGGAAGUCGAACUAUUAUACCGUGCAAAGAGGUAUUUCGGCAGAUCCCAACGCGCUGUCUUCAUCGCCUGGUCAAGGCGAAACGGCUAUGUUAGUAGCAUCGCUCAAGGACGUCAUUCGCACGCAAGCAGCAGAGAUCGAUGCACUUCGUGCGCAGGUCCAGGCACUGACGGCAAAACAAGCUCCAGACGACCGUGAACAGCUCCAGACACAAAUCGCCUCGCUAACGACAGAAUUACAAGAAGCAAAACAGAAACGGCAGGAGGUGGAAAAAGAACAGGAAGAUCUGCUUGUAUUGCUCGACGAACUGAACAGCAAGCGACGCAGAGACAAAGGUCGGAUGCGUGAAGCGGGGCUGGACGUGUCGGAAGACGAAGCUGAGGAAGAAGAUGAAGAGCAGUGAGGAAAUGCUGUAUUUGCCCACCUUUCAUGUGUGAUGUAUGUGUCUGCAUCGUGUCUUGAUACUUAUUUUGAGGAGGAAGCCGAUAUUGCAUUUGCAAGGCCUU